GGACGGCGGCGCCCCCGGGCCGCAGCCGCACGGCGAGCCGCCGGGGGGUCCGGAUGCUGUUGAUGGAGUGAUGAAUGGUGAAUACUACCAGGAGAGCAAUGGCCCAACAGACAGUUACGCAGCUAUUUCAGAAGUGGAUCGAUUGCAAUCAGAGCCUGAGAGUAUCCGCAAGUGGAGAGAAGAGCAAACGGAGCGCUUGGAAGCCCUCGAUGCCAAUUCUCGGAAGCAAGAAGCAGAGUGGAAAGAAAAAGCAAUAAAGGAGCUAGAAGAAUGGUAUGCGAGACAGGAUGAGCAGCUACAGAAAACAAAAGCAAACAACAGGGUGGCAGAUGAAGCUUUCUACAAACAACCCUUCGCUGACGUGAUUGGUUAUGUCACAAACAUAAACCAUCCUUGCUACAGCCUAGAACAGGCAGCAGAAGAAGCCUUUGUAAACGACAUCGAUGAGUCAUCCCCAGGCACUGAAUGGGAGCGGGUGGCCCGCCUGUGUGACUUUAACCCCAAGUCCAGCAAACAGGCCAAAGAUGUCUCUCGCAUGCGCUCAGUCCUCAUCUCCUUGAAGCAGGCCCCCCUGGUGCAUUGAAGAGCUACCCUGUGGAAACACUACGUCUGCGAUAUCUUAAUCCUACUCAGUGAAGCUGUUCACGUAAUUGGAUUAAUUAUGUUGAGUUUUUUUGGACCAAACCUUUUUGUCUUUAGAGUUGAUCAUUGUUUGUGAUUGCAUGUUUCCUUCAACUGUUCUCCCUGGCAUUCAGAGAAGAGGGGAGGAGGAGGGGAGGACCCUCCCGACAGUAGCCUCAACCCGUGCUUUUGUGCAUUAUUCUGAGAAUAAAUUUCUGUUUCAGACAAUAUA